AUGGCAGCGCUGGCGGAGCCUCUAGGGCUGGAGAGAGGUAAGGAUGGAGAUGGGUUUGCCUCGGAACGGAGAUUCGCGUCGAAUGUGCCUGGUGGACCGGAGAGAAGUGAUGUGGCUCGAGCGGUCGAAUUGCUGGAGCGGCUGCAACGCAGUGGGGAGGUGCCCCCCCAGAAAUUGCAAGCCCUUCAGAGGGUGCUACAGAGCAAAUUCUGCUGUGCCAUACGGGAGGUUUAUGAGCAGCUGUAUGACACUUUGGAUAUCUCGGGAAGUGCUGAAAUUCGGGCACAUGCUACUGCUAAGGCAACAGUGGCGGCCUUUGCAGCUAGUGAGGGCCACGCGCAUCCCCGGGUGGUGGAGCUGCCAAAGACAGAUGAGGGCCUAGGUUUUAACAUCAUGGGGGGCAAGGAGCAGAACUCCCCCAUCUAUAUUUCUCGCAUCAUCCCAGGGGGUGUUGCUGAUCGCCAUGGCGGGCUGAAGCGUGGAGAUCAACUGCUGUCUGUCAAUGGUGUGAGUGUGGAGGGUGAGCAACAUGAGCGGGCUGUGGAACUUCUGAAAGCAGCACAAGGCACAGUGAAACUGGUUGUGCGCUACACACCCAAAGUACUGGAGGAGAUGGAGGCACGCUUUGAGAAGAUGAGAACAGCGCGGCGCCGGCAGCAACACAACAGUUACUCAUCCUUGGAGUCCCGGGGAUAAAUUUGCACAAGAGUUAACUGGGCAGCUGAUGAACCUGAUCCAUCCUCCCUAUCCUUUGGAAUGAUUUUAUCUGUAUAGCGGAGACAUAUUUAUCUAGUUCCCUUCCCUGUGUUGGGAGGUGGACGUCAGUGUACAGUAUUUAUUCUUUACAUUCCUCUUAUUUAAAAAGAUGUUCGGUGUAAACAAUUCUAUAUGUUUGUGCAAGACCUUAACCUUUGUGAAGCUGAAGACAAUAGCUACAAAACUACCAAGAGAAUCAUCAAUAUCUCUGAUAUAUAAAACAAUGAAAG